UCAUUGAUUGUUAUUUUAUAUCGAAUACACAAAAUAAUCGAUUUGAAAAGAAGAAAUAUUGAUUAAUUUUUAUAUGUUGGGGUGUUUAGUUUUGCGACAAAAUCAAAAUAAUCUCUUGAGGACGGAGUGACUGUAUGAAAAAAAUGAAGAUUUUCAAAACUCUCAAAGUAUAUAUUUAUUUCCAUCAAUGUAAAGCACAAACAUCUAAAACUAUUUAAAAGUGUAUGAUAAUCUCGAAAACAGCUCGAUAUACACAAAGACCAACAUUACAUUUGGCGCAUUCAUAUCUAGAUUUAGCCCUCUUCUUAGCUCUUCUCAUAGUAUUUGUACAAGCCACACACUGUUUUCAUGAGUCUUGUUUUGUCGAUGUUGGAGGUAUAAGUAUUGGGAAAUGGUGCUGAACUAAUUGCACUAGUUUAUCUCCACCACUGGGUUUUUCUAAUGAUGCUUUUGGUGUCCUACUCAUUCCAAUAACUUGACAGUUAUUCAGAGUACAAAAACAUAUAAGAAAUCAUAGAUCUAUUUCCUCAACUACUAUUUAACUCAUUGCCAUAUUCAAAGAGAUAUAUCUAAGGUAAUUAUAAAUUUAUUCACACACAAAUCCUUUAAAUGUGUUUCCCGUUUCUAGGGUUUAAUAAACAAAAAUUCGUAAUAAAAUCCAACUGCCACACGGUAUAGGAUGUGGAUGUUAUUAAGGAAAAUACCAACACUCGCUCUACCACUACAGGUGAUAUCACACUUGAAGGUAUUUGUUUUUAGCUGAUUAGAUUUUGCCGCAAAACAAAAGAUACUAUGAACUUAAUUUUAUUAUAUUAUUUUUGAAUAUUUAUUGAAGAAUUUGUGUUUUCUAGUACUAUUAUUAGUAAAUAGUUAUAAAUGUUUUACUUAUAAAUAUUAAAAGUUGAUUUUUAGAUGCUGAUGAUGAACCAUUUGGAGUUUCAAAUGCUCAACUACAUGAUGAAGGAAGUCUAACAAAUCUUAAUAAUAAUCAAAAUACAUUUUGCAUCAUAGUUGAUGGAAAUGGACAUGUUAAUGAAGAUGGAACUUUAUAUACUCAUACGAAUGAAGAUAUCAUCCCUCAAAAUCUACAUCCAGAUGCAAUUAUUGGUUCAGAAAAUGGUUCUGAAAGCAAUGAUGAAUAUGAUUCAACUAAUGAAAAUGAAAAAGAAAAUGAAAUCAUAAAAAAUACUCAAAAUGUCAAUUAUCAUGCUCAAACUAAUGAUCAAAUAAACCAAAUAAAUGGUGCUGACGAAGAACAUACGAGAAGAGAUACAGGUAAGAUAUAA